AUUCCUCGCGCGCGGAAUGGCGGGCAGUGGCAUGAGGUGUUGAACAAGCCUUCUUUCAUCUGACUGGCCGUUAUACCAAAGUCCAGUCGUCAUGUCUUCGUUUGUGACAGAAGUGCUCGCCAGCUCAGGUAAACUGGAGAAAGAUGACCUCGCUUGCAAAAUCUCCAAACUGUCACGGAAAGUGGAAGAAACAAAGGAAGAGGUCACUGACAUGAUAAAUAAAAAAUACAAUGAGUUUGUACCCAGUAUGGAGGCAGCAGAGGAGCUUGUGGACCAAGUUGAAUCAGUUUCCAAAGACAUUGAUUUAUUAAAAAGCUGUAUUGAGAAUGAGGUUCAGCAGAACCUUCAUGAUGCCGUAACAGAGUACACCAAGCUUAAACAGCAGUUAGAGAAGAACACUGCAGUCAUAUGCAUGCUUCGGCAUCUGCAAGAGUUUGACACUGCAAUGGAGGAAUAUCAUAGGGCCUUGCUGGAAAAGAAGUAUAUGGUUGCAGCCAAGCAGCAUGAAAUAGCACGAGCUAGUGUUGAUGCCCUACAAACCUGGAAAGAUACAGAGUUGCCUUUACUUCGGGCCCUCAGCUCAGAGAUCACCAUACAGAAAGAGAAUCUCAUCUAUCACCUUGGAGAGGAGUGGCAGAAACUGACUGUAUGGAAACUUCCUUCCACCAAAGAGCUCACUAGCAUGAAACAUUUUCUGACGACAGCAGUUCAUUUGAACAAAGGAGGAUCUAAAGCGGAUGAAUCUGUUCCACAUCCUCUUCUCCCCAGUAUACUUCAGGCCCUGUCGGUUCAAGGAGAACUCCAUAAAAAGAUUAAACUGUUUGGGCAGGUGUUGUUGAAGUACAUGCUGAAGCCUCUAAUCCUAUACCCCUCUUUGGUGGUGGAAGUAAGCAGUCAACCUGAGCAGGGCACAGUUCUGAGCCUACAGUGUGAGGAGAGCAAUUCAGAGCAUCCAGACCCCAACCAGGUUUACGCCAAAGUGCUCACUGUGCUUAAGACGCUGCAUAAACACCUUUUUGAUGUGUCUGUAGGUGAAAAGAAAGUGUCUGAGAUAUUAGGAGACUUGAUAUGGGAGGAGAUGUCAGAAUGCAUCAUUCGAGAAUGCUUGGUUCAUUCCAUACCGGUCAACAGUAUUCAGCUAGCUGAGUAUAGCGCGGUUAUUAAACAGACUGAGGAUUUUGAGAGCAGUCUGAAAGAGAUGGGCUACAUCGCAGGGGACUCGACGGACCUCUUGAAAUAUGCCAGGAAUGUCAACUGUCACUUCGCAAGCAAAAAAUGCCAAGAUGUCGUCGUGGCUGCACGGAAACUUAUGACAUCAGAGAUGCACAACACAGUGAAAAUCACUCCAGAGUAUAAACUCUCUGUUCCAAAACUACAGAGUCUAGGUGGAGGAGAGAAAGAGAGGAAGGAGGUGGUUAAGAAAGGUGGACAUUAUGAUUGGCAGACCCUGGAGAAUGAGAAGCUGUUGGGGCAGCGGACUCUUUGCCUGCCUGAGUGUCGCAUUAGUGAGUCAGUGCAGCAGCUAAUGGUCUUGGCAAUACAAACUCUAUCUGAGGCAGUUGGCAGCUCUCCCCAGUGUGCAGUCCAGCUUUUCUACACGGUCCGAAAUAUUUUUCAUCUGUUCUAUGAUGUUGUGCCUACAUAUCACAAGGAGAACUUUCUGAAGUUGCCUCACUUGGCUGCAGUCCAACACAAUAACUGCAUGUUCAUUGCCCACCACCUUCUGACCUUGGGUCACCAGUUCAAACCUCACCUUCCAUUGAAAGAUGGAGUGUCUUAUUUUGUAGACUUGGUCCCAGGCUUCAGAAGACUGGGUGCUCGAUGCUUUGUGGCCCAAAUGAACGUACAAAAAGCAGAGAUGUUGGAAAGACUGUCCACUGCCCGUAACUUCUCCAACUUGGAUGAUGAAGACAAUUACUCUGUAGCCAGCAAGGCAGUCAGACAAGUAAUUCAUCAGCUGAGGAGGUUGGGGAAAGUUUGGCAAGAAGUUUUGCCUGUGAACGUAUACUGCAAAGCCAUGGGGACUCUGCUCAAUACUGCAAUAUCAGAGCUGAUUAAUAAGAUUAUGAUAUUGGAGGACAUCUCAAAUGUGGACGGUGAGCGCCUGCGUACACUGUGUCAAACCGUCAUAGAGGAGGGGCCACUGGUCUUCAACCCAUUGCCAGAUGAAAACAAGAACAAAAAAUAUCAAGAAGAGGUUCCAGUCUACGUUAAGAAGUGGAUGACCUUAAAAGAGCUCUCCAUUGUGCUGAAUGCUAGUCUGCAGGAGAUAGUGGACAGAUGGGCGGAGGGCAAGGGGCCUCUGGCAGUGGAGUUCUCCUCUAAUGAGAUGAAGAGUCUCAUUCGUGCCCUGUUCAAGAACACAGAGAGGCGGGCAGCAGCCCUCAAUAAAAUCGUCAAAUAGACAGCCUAAACACCAGUGCACUUCCAAUUUAACAUGUCGCCACAUGGGGCUUUUCCUUACAUAUACUGUGUUAUCUAUUUCUAUUUUGCUGAAAAAUGCAUUACAACAAUGCUGUUCUAAGCACAUGCAUAUUGUCUUAUUAAUGUAUUAUAAAGCUUGCUGUAAAUAAAUUAAAACAUUCCUCAAUAAAAUACCUCAUAAUUUU